AUGAGUUCCUACACAACGGAAGAGCAGGAGUUAUCAUCACCUAAAGUCAAUGAAACAGUGCAGAGUAGCAACCUUUCCUCUGAUGUAGACGUCGAGAAGGAGACUCCCGCUUCUGUACCUGUUCCCUCAGGUCCUCCAGCGCCACCUCCCCCUCCAAAUGGGGGACUCAAAGCCUGGCUGCAGGUGCUUGGAGGAUUCCUGUUUGUUCUAAACACUUGGGGAAUGGCAAAUUCCUUCGGCAUCUUCCAAACGUACUAUGCAACCACGCUUCUCCCGACCUCCAGCCCAUCAUCGAUAUCUUGGAUUGGCUCGAUUCAAGGCUUUUUGCUGCUUUUUGUGGGAGUGUUCUGUGGACGGGCGUUCGAUGCAGGAUACUUCUAUCCCGUCGCAGGGCUGGGAAUCUUCCUUUCCAUCUUUGGAAUGAUGAUGACUUCGCUAGCAACCAAGUAUUAUCAGAUUUUUCUGGCCCAGGGAUUGUGUCUAGGCUUUGGAUCUGGGUGCCUUUUCACUCCAGGUAUCUCUGUGGUUGGCACUUACUUUUCAACUCGACGAGGACUGGCAACAGGGAUCGCAGCCAGCGGUAGCAGCGUGGUCAUUCGUCGACUGAUUGUCACCGUGGGCUUCCCCUGGGCUGUGCGCGCUAUGGCCUUUAUUAUGUUAGCUACUCUGCUACUGGGAAUCUCCCUCUUCAGACCUCGACUCCCUCCACGAAAGUCCGGCCCGGUGGUGGACUUUGCGGCUUUUCAGGACCCUGCAUAUACCACUUUUGUCGUGGGGUUAGCCCUGGGCUUUAUGGCUUUUUUUAUUCCAUUCUUUUACGCAGAAAGCUACGCCGCCAACAUUGGUGUGGACUCGGAGUUGUCGUUCUACAUCCUGAGUAUCAUGAACGCUGCAGGAAUGAUUGGCCGUCUGCUCCCUAAUGCCCUUGCAGACAAGCUCGGCAACCUGAAUGUCAUUGUUCCCUGCGCAUAUAUCUCCGGCAUCGUCGUUCUCUGCUGGAUUUCGGUCCACCACCUCGGCAACCUGAUCGCUACAUCCAUCAUGUAUUCAUUUUUCUCUGGUGGUUUAAUGGCAUUGCCACCGGCGGUUCUGGUCGCCUUAAGUCCAAGUCUGAACCAAAUCGGUGUUCGAGUGGGUAUGGCGUUGACCAUCGGUUCAUUGGGAGUGUUGAUCGGGUCUCCCAUUGCGGGUGCCAUAUUGUCCCGCCAGAGCAACCAUGAUAACACGGGGAUUGAGGGGGGGCUCGAUUAUACUGGUACAUUUGUGUUUACCGGAAUCGCCCUUUUGGUGUGUGGUGGUCUCAUGAGUGCUACCAGGGUGAUCAAGAAAGGUGCAAAACUUGAAAAGGUCUAG